AUUGAGAUUACUGUGUAGAUAACCACAAUGAUGGUUGAAGAUCUAGGUGUUGAAGCUAAAGAAGCUGCAGUUCGUGAGGUUGCAAAGCUGUUGCCUCUUCCUGAGCUUUUGUCAUCCAUAGCUUCGAUCAAGUCAGAUUACAUAACUCGUCAACAGGCAAAUGAUGCACAACUCAGUACAAUGGUUGCAGAGCAGGUUGAACAGGCACAUGCUGGGUUAGAAGCUCUGGCCUUAUCUCAAAAGGCAAUAAAUCAGCUUCGGGAAAACUUUAUUGGUAUUGAAAAGCUGUGUCAAGAAUGCCAAACACUGAUUGAAAACCAUGAUCAGAUAAAGCUCCUUAGCAAUGCAAGGAACAACUUAAACACAACUCUGAAGGAUGUGGAGGGGAUGAUGUCUAUUUCUGUUGAAGCAGCUGAAGCACGGGAUUCUUUGCGUGAUGAUAAAGAACUCGUUAGCACAUAUGAGAGGUUAACAGCACUAGAUGGAAAAAGGAGGUUUGCAUUAGCAGCUGCGGCAUCCCAUAAGGAAGAGGUUGGCAGGCUAAGGGAAUAUUUUGAAGAUGUAGAUCGGACUUGGGAAACAUUUGAAAAGACAUUAUGGGGUCACAUUGCAAAUUUUUUCAAACAUGCAAAAGAGAGUCCACAGACAUUGGUUCGGGCUAUUAGGGUGGUUGAAAUGCAAGAAACACUUGAUCAACAACUAGCUGAGGAGGCAGUGGAGGCGGAGGGUAGUGGUGCCAUGGAAUCAGUUACCAACCCUUGUAGAUCUGCCAAAAAAGUUACAAGUGAAACAGCUUCUUCUAGAAAGUUAACACAGCAGAAGUUGAAAGUUCAGGGGAAAGGUUACAAGGAUAAAUGCUAUGAGCAAAUAAGAAAGACAGUUGAAGGACGUUUUAACAAGUUGUUGACAGAGCUUGCUUUUCAAGAGCUAAAAGCUGCUUUAGAGGAAGCUCGAACGAUUGGAGAAGAGCUUGGAGAUAUAUAUGACUACGUCGCUCCUUGUUUUCCUCCAAGAUACGAAAUAUUCCAACUCAUGGUUAAUCUUUAUACCGAGAGGUUUAUUCAGUUUCUCAGAUUACUCAGCAACAGGGCAAACGAGUUAACAAAUAUAGAAAUUUUAAAGGUAACAGGUUGGGUAGUUGAGUACCAAGAUAAUCUAAUUGGGCUUGGUGUUGAUGAGUCUUUAGCUCAAGUUUGUUCAGAGAGCGGUGCAAUGGAUCCUCUAAUGAAUUCAUAUGUUGAGAGAAUGCAAGCCACAACACAGAAAUGGUACCUAAAUAUCUUGGAGGCUGAUAAGGUACAACCACCAAAGAAAACAAAAGACGGGAAACUAUAUACUCCAGCUGCUGUUGAUUUAUUUAGUAUCUUGUGGGAGCAAGUGCAAAUAGUUCGUGAUAAUAGCACCGAUGUCAUGCUGUAUCGAAUUGCUCUGGCUCUUAUCCAGGUCAUGAUUGAUUUUCAAGCAGCAGAAAGGAAGAGGCUAGAAGAACCAGGAUCUGAGAUUGGUUUAGAACCUAUAUGUGCAAUGAUUAACAACAAUCUCCGCUGCUAUGAUCUUGCAAUGGAGCUUAGUAACAGCACCCUGGAAGCCCUUCCAAAAAACUAUGCUGAGCAGGUCAAUUUCGAAGACACUUGUAAAGGCUUUCUUGAGGUUGCAAAGGAAGCUGUGCAUCAGAUUGUUAGUGUUAUCUUUGAUGAUCCAGGUGUGCAGGAGCGGCUUGCCAAGCUUUACCGAAAAGAUUGGUGUGAAGGAUUGGUUACUGAGUAUCUAGUUGUUAUAUUUGAUGAGUAUUUUACAGACGUGAAGAUGUACAUCAAAGAAAGAUUUUUCAGGAGAUUUGUUGAGGCUUGUUUAGAAGAAACAGUGGUUUUUUAUGUUGAUCAUCUAAUCACUCAGAAAAACUACAUAAAGGAAGAAACCAUUGAAAGGAUGAGGUUAGAUGAAGAGGUUAUCUUGGAUUUCUUCAGGGGGUAUGUAAAUGUAUCAAAAAUUGAGAACAGAGUGAGGAUUCUGAGUGAUCUAAGAGAGCUUGCUUCAGGUGAGAGCCUGGACAUGUUCACGCUCAUCUACACUAACAUUCUUGAACAUCAACCUGACUGCCCGCCUGAGGUCGUGGAGAAGCUUGUGGGAUUGCGGGAAGGCAUACCACGGAAGGAUGCUAAGGAGGUUGUGCAAGAGUGCAAGGAAGUUUAUGACAAUUCUCUUGUUGAUGGAAACCCCCCAAAGGCAGGUUUUGUCUUUCCAAAGGUGAAAUCUCUCUCUCAUUCCAAAGGCUCUCUAUGGAGGAAGCUGACAUAGUUUUUGGCACAAUUUCAUUGUAUAGGUAGGUAUGAUUAAACACAUGUGAAUCCUCUUGU